AGCAGGGUCUCACAUUGAGUCGUGUGCCGCGAUGGAGCUAAAGUGGAACUGCUGUGGAUUGAUGCUACUUUUGGCACUCUGCGCGGCUCAAGUGGAGUGUCGCAAACACCUGAAGGUGGGCAGACGUCAGAAUCCUCAAUCGAGCCAUCACAAUGUGCGGAAUGAACUGAAAUCACUGGCGAUAAAGCAUAAAAUGAAUGGAACUACAUCGGAAACAGUGAAAACGAAGAACUCCGCCUCGAGCGGCGCUAGUUUGGGCAAUGCCUUCAACACGGAAUACUAUCUGCCAGUGACAAUUGGCACUCCACCGCAGAAGUUCAACCUGCUAAUCGACACCGGCUCCUCGAAUCUCUGGGUGCCCUCCAGCAAGUGUGCGGCCACAGUCAAGUCCUGCGUGAGCCACAACCAGUACGACUCAGAGUCCUCCAGUUCCUAUGUGGCCAAUGGCACCGCUUUCACCAUCGAAUACGCCUCCAACUCUCAAGGUGGCGUGGCGCUCUCGGGCUUCCUCUCGCAGGACACCGUCACCAUAGCGGAUUUUGCCAUACAGAAUCAAGUCUUUGCAGAGAUCACCGACGAACCAGAGGCCUCGUUUCUGUCCUCUCCCUUUGAUGGAAUGUUUGGACUGGGCUACGGCAGCAUAUCCAUCGGUGGGGUUACUCCGCCAUUUUACAACCUGGUGGCCCAGGGGCUGAUCAAGCAUCCCGUCUUCUCCAUCUAUCUGAACAGGAACGGAACAAGUGCCACGGAUGGGGGAGAGCUCAUCCUCGGAGGCAUCGAUUCAACACUCUUCACUGGCUGUCUCACCUAUGUGCCUGUCUCCCAGCAAGGCUACUGGCAGUUCGUCAUGUCCAGCGCGUUGCUGGCUGGGCACAAUUUUUGCACGAAAUGUCAGGCCAUACUCGAUGUGGGCACCUCCCUCAUUGUGGCUCCAGCUGCCGCGGUAGCAAAGAUCAACCAAAUAUUAAACGUUCUCAAUCCGACAGACACGAGUGGCGUCUUCCUCGUGAACUGCUCAACGAUUUCCAGCCUGCCAACGAUGGUUUUUACAAUUGCACGAAACGAGUUCCCGUUGCAGCCAUCGGAUUAUGUACUGCAAUACGGGGAGAAGUGCGUCUCGAGCUUCACCAGCCUCGCGGGCAGUGACUUGUGGAUACUCGGCGAGGUGUUUAUGGGCGCCUAUUACACGGUGUAUGAUUUGGGCUACAAUCAAAUUGGAAUGGCCAAAGCACUGCAUUAAGUGGGCUUAC